AUGGCAACCUUCAGGGCUUAUCUAAUCGGGUUCGUAGUAGGGCACGAAAUUAUAGUUACUUGUGAAAUAUGGUGUUCACUGAAACAAACUUCUGACGCACAACCCGAAACAUGUGCUCGAAUCCUAGGAGUCUUCUUGUUUCCAUCAUACAGUCACCAAAAAGUCUUUCAGCCCAUCUGGCGCGACCUAUCCCUACGAGGCCACGACGUCACCGUGUGUACCACAACCCCCUUAAACGACCCAAACCUAACCAACCUAACCGAAAUUAACAUCAGCUUCCAGCACGACAACACACAACACGCACCCCCAGACUUUUUGUCCAAAGAAAUCAACAUGUUUGAAGAUUUCCACAACAUUGUCAAUUACAUGGACUUCAUAGCCGCGACUGCACUCACCCACCCAAGUUUCAAAAACUUCCUAGAGACUUGUGCCGAAAAUUUUGACCUAAUUAUUCUGGAAUGCCUUUACCCAGUUCUGUAUGGUCUAUCCCGGAAAUUUCAAGCCCCUAUAGCUUGUGUGUCGUCACUUGGAGCUCUAACGGUUUUUCAAGACGUGGUGGGUAAUCCAAGCCACCCCACUUUGUAUAGAGAAUUUUUCGUGACUUUGCACCACCCAGAUCUUGACUUGUGGCACCAAAGCGAGUUGGUUUUGUUGAAUUUGUGGUCACGGUUUUGGUACGAGUUUGUGGUACUACCACGUGGUGCAGUACUAGCAAAGUCGGUGUUCGGGCACGAGAUAGGAGACACUCUAGACGGGGAAAAAAGUGUCAAGUUGUUUCUGCUUAAUGUUAAUCGAGUGGUGUAUCAUCCUAGACCAAACGUGCCAGCGGUACUAGAACUGGGACAAAUGGGGCUUAAACCCAAAGAAACUUUGAGAGAAGAUCUACAAACAUUUCUAGAUCAGGCUAAAAGUGGUGUGGUCUAUUUUAGUUUAGGCACGCUGGUCCACCUUGAAGGUUCUUCAAUAGGUCGAACGAUUCUAGAAGGCUUAGCUCGAGUACCAUACAAAGUGAUCAUUAAAUGGAACUGUAGCACUUUGCUUCAUAAUUAUACCAACAUUCUAUGUAGGGAGUGGCUGCCUCAAACCCAAAUUCUAGAACAUCCAAAUUUGAAGGUGUUUGUGACUCAAGGAGGUCUGCAGUCUUUGGAAGAAUCUAUAUCUGCAAGAGUACCACUUGUAGCGCUACCAUUCCUGGUAGACCAACCAAUGAACGUGUACAAACUCGUCAAACAAGGAAUUGGAAAAGCACUGAAUCCAGUGACCGUAACUCCAGACGAACUGAAAGAUUGUGUUGUCGAAGUUGCAGAAAACCGAACAUAUAGAGACAGAGUUGUAGAAAUUCGGGGUGUUUUACUCGACAAGGCUACAGUUUCAACAGAAAAAGCUAUUUGGUGGAUGGAAUAUAUCAUUCGUCAUAAAGGAGCUCCACAUUUGAGGAGUCUCAAUGUCGAUAUUUCGUGGUUUUCUUACCUUCUGGGGGACGUAAUAGCGCUUUUUGUUGUAGGAUUGGCGUCUACGUGUCUUUGUUUCUACUAUCUGCUCAAAUUAUUUAAUUAUAAUUUGUAA